AUGGAUGGUACCCCACUUCCGCUAACCCCACUACCCCCGGUGUUUAUUGAUCCGGGAGGAACCUCCGUUGAGUCUGAUGGAUCUGAGGAAGAGGAUACUUUCACCAUUGACGAUGAGUUGGAAGAUAAGAUUGCAUACAAUGAAUCGCUCACGUUGGCAGGUUACGUCUUCCCUGGGAGGCGGUAUAGGAAGCAGGCGGUGACAGAGGCUCUUAUCAAUGUGUGGAAUACUUCUUCUCCGGUUCAAGUCUCCUCCUUCGUACUGAUACGUACAUAUUCAAAUUCGGAUAUGGGGCUGCACCCAUGGAUGCUGGAGAUUUUCGGCACCACGGGGGGCAAUGAAGUUCCUUGGAUGGAACUGUCAAGGGCUGGGGAGACCCUCGACAGUCCGUUCUUUGUUUCAUCUCCUCAAGAUGGAAAGCCCAGAGGCCUCGCUUUAUUGUGGAAGAAAAAUGUGAAUCUCUCAACUCUUUCGACUGAUACAAAUUUUAUUGAUACGGAGGUUGGUAUGAAGGAUAUUCCUUCGUUUUAUGUUACCUGUGUGUAUGGGGACCCAGUCAAGCACAAACGGAAGAAUGUGUGGGAUCGUAUUGCUGCUCUUAAUCAUCAGGGUAGCAAAUGGGUUUGCUUUGGGGAUUUUAAUUCCUAUCUUGCUUGGCAUGAGAAGGAGGGAGGUUCUAAGAGUUCGGCGCAUAAUGGUGAGCUUUUCAACGAUUUCCUUCAGGCUUGUGGUUUUAUGGAUAUGGGUGUCAAUGGUCCCCGUUUUACUUGGAACAAUAAAAGGCAGGGUGCAGCAAAUAUUCGGAUCAGGCUUGACCGCUCUCUUUGUAAUUCGGCUUGGAGGCAAGCUUUUGAAAAUGCCUCGGUCCUUAUAAAACCUACAAUUAGUUCAGACCAUUGCUCUAUUAUGGUGGAUACUGAAGGUGGUAGGGUGCGAGGAAGAAGGCCUUUUCGCUUUGAGUCCAUGUGGACUUUUCAUGCGGAUUUUCGUAAUGUGGCUAGUAAAGCUUGGUCUAUUCCAACCACAGGUCCGGUCGUGAAACAGUUGGAGCAGGUGCAAGACCUUCCGCAUUCUAUAUAUUCUCAGGAGAAGGAAUCUGAGUUGAGGAGCCUUUUAGAAGCCGAGUUAAAGAAGGAGGAAGAGCUGUGGCGCCAGAAGUCCAAGUCCCUGUACUAUUCUGAACCUAUAAAUAAUAAUGCUUUGGAUUUGGUCUUGGGUGCGGUUCAACCAAUUGUUAGUGAGGACCUCAAUAAUAUUUUGUGCUCUGUUCCGCAAAUGAAAGAAAUUAGGGAUGCACUUUUCAAAAUGGCUCCUCUUAAGUCUCCUUGCCCUGAUGGUCUCUCUCCAGUCUUUUAUCAGAAAUACUGGGAUUUAGUGAAAGAUGAUUUGCUUGCUCUUGUUGUGGAGUUUUCCACCACUGGGGUGAUUCCGAGGGAGUUGAAUAAGACUUUUAUUUAUCUUAUUCCAAAGAUUAUUUCUCCUGCUCAGUCAGCCUUCAUCCCAGACAGACUUAUUUCUGACAACAUUCUGGUUGCCCACGAGUUAUUCCACUAUAUCAAGAAGCAGAAGAAAGGUAAAGGGAAGUUUCUAGCUUUAAAACUUGAUAUGCGCAAGGGAGCGAUCUCCCCUUCUAGGGGGAUAAGGCAAGGGGACCUGAUCUCUCCAGCUAUCUUCAUUCUCUGUUCUCAGGCCCUGACUGCUGUAAUUGAUCAGGCCAAGAGUGCUGGUUUGCUCAAGGGGGUGAGAGUGCAUAACAGAGGUGAUCUUAUUACUCACCUCCUCUUUGCUGAUGACUGCCUUCUUUUUGCUAAGGUUGAUUUGCAGGAAAUUAAUUACUUGAAGGAAUGCUUGGAUUUGUAUUGUAAAGCUACUGGGCAGGCUAUUAAUUUGCAAAAAUCCAGCCUUACUUUCAACCCCAAUACACACGAUAGAAUUAAAAGGUGGUUUUCUAGGAUUUUGAAGGUCAAGCAUGGAGAUGGGCCGACUACAUAUUUGGGGCUGCCGACUCAUUUUGGGGUGUCCAAAAAAGAUGUGUUUAAUGAUAUUAAGGAAAAGACUUUGAGUAAACUGCAAGGGUGGAAGGAGAAGCUCCUUUCUCAUGCAGGAAAGGAGCUGUUACUGAAGGCGGCGGUUGUCCCUAUGGCAAAUUAUGCUAGUUCCCAUUUCAAACUCCUAGUUUCUUUCCAUGACUCGAUCAGAAAGGCCUCUUCUAGGUUCUUUUGGGGAGGUGAGGAGGAGACUCAGAAGAUACACUGGAUGUCUUGGCAGCGUCUAUGUAGACCAAAGUCUAGAGGAGGGCUGGGACUCAAGGACUCAAAAAUUCAGAAUAAAGCUUUGCUUGCAAAAGCAAAAGUGGGAAACCGCCCAUCUUGGGGGUGGAGGAGUAUUCUUGUGGGCCGUGAGGUGCUUUUGGAAGGUUUAGUGUGGAAAAUUGGAGAUGGUUCGAGUAUUAAUAUUUGGGAGGAUAGAUGGAUCCCAUCCCUUCCAAAUUUCAAACUGCAGUCUUCUAAGCCCAGUGAUUGUUCCCUUUCUGUUGUUGGAGAUCUUAUUGAACCAAUUUCUCAAACUUGGAGGUCAGAUUUACUCAAUUUGAUAUUGCAACCAGCUGAAGUGAAGGCCAUUUCUCAAAUUCCUCUCUCUUUGUUUGUUGGUGAGGAUAAGCAAUGUUGGGCAACUUCUAAGAAUGGGUAUUUUUCUGUUAAAUUGGCUUACUGCAUGUUGGCUAGGAAGGAGGAGGAAGCUAGUUGGGCAAAGGCUUCUUCUUCUAGGUCUCGGUCUUGGGAGCAUAUUGAUGAUUCAGUUUGGAACAGGAUCUGGUCUAUCCAUACUAUGCCAAAAGUUAGGAGUUUUCUUUGGAGAGCGACUAAUGAAGCUUUGGCCACGGGUUUUAGUCUUCAUGCCAGACAGGUUCGAGCCGAUCCAAGCUGUGGGAGGUGUGGUGCCCCUAGUGAAUCAGGUGAUCAUAUUCUGUUCGACUCCCCAUUUGCUAGAUCUGUGUGGUUUGGAUCUCCUCUUCAGUUCUCCCCCCCUAGUGUUGAUCUAAGACUGGUUGAUUGGUUAAAAGGGUGGGAAACCUGGUUUCGGCAGGACAAGAAGGUGGCCCACGAUUCCCUGUCCAAGGCGUCCUUCAUCUAUUGGUACUUGUGGCGAGCCCGUAAUGACUUAAUUUUUAGUGGGAAGGAGCGGACACCUUUGGAAGUUAUCCAAGCAGCGAAUAAGGCUUUUUUGGAGUUCUCCUCUGCUAACCCAGUGCUCAGUAGCAGUCCUUUUAGUGGUUCGGUUGGCCUCUCUCGCCUUGGCACUUGGGUCCCCCCUCCGGUGGGAGUCAUUAAGGCAAAUAGCGAUGCUGCUCUGCCUGCUGAUAAGUCUAAAGGAGGGGUUGGCGUGGUGUUCAGAGAUCAUUCGGGCUCCCCUUGCUUGGCUCGCUCCAUCCCUUCUAGUUUUGGCUGCAGUAUUCAGGGUGAACUUCUGGCUAUCCGAUAUGCCUUGACUUCAGCAUUAGAGUUGGGAAUUGAUGAUCUUAUGGUCGAGACAGACAAUAUGGAUGCGUUUCUCAUGGUUGAAGGAAAGAAGAUCCCUUCGUGGGAGGUGGCUGACUUAGUUGUUGAAGUGGAGCGGCUAGUCCCAUCCUUUUCCUCAGUUGUUUUUUCUUGUGUUCCUAGGGCUCUGAAUAUGGUUGCAGAUGCCCUAGCCAGGAAGGCCCUGUCACUUGUGUGUGCGACAGAUUGGCCAUACUCCAUUCAAUGGCUUCAUGAGCUGUGGAUGGAUAACCAAAGUAUUGAAGACCAGCUCCUGCCAGCUUAUAUUCCCAAUAAUCUUUGCGCUACUGUAGCGGACAUCAUAGAAGAUGGGAAUUGGGCGCUCCCUCAGGUGGAGGAUCGGGUUCUUCAAGGAGUUUUCAAUAAAAUUCUUUACUCGAAUAUUAUGCCAUUAGGAAGGGAGGAUGCUAGAUUUUGGGCAAACACAAAAUCGAGGACUUUCACGGUGAGCUCAGCUUGGGAAGCGUUGAGGCAAAAAUCAACAAAGUCGAGUGGACUUGGGCAGUCUGGCCUAAGCAACUUCACCCUCGUAAUUCCUUAUUUGGCUGGAGAUUAA